AUGGGUUGGCUUGCAUACAAAAGAAUGAACCGAUUUCUUGUUCUGCGUGACGCGUAUGGAACUGUUCAGGCUACGGUGGCUCCAAAGUCAGAUCUCGCCAAUAUCGUAAAAGACCUUCCCUAUGAGUCUAUAGUUCAAGUCGAAGGUUGUGUGAUAGACCGAGGCGAGAAUAAAAAUCUCAAGAUGAAAACGGGUGAAAUUGAAAUUGAUAUCUCAAAAUUGACGGUGCUAAAUCGCGCAUCAGCGAAUUUGCCUAUGCUACCGGAUGCAGAAACCAGUGAGAGGACGCGGCUUACAUAUCGAUACAUCGAUUUGCGUACAGAACGAAUGCAAAGAGCUUUACGAAUGCGAUCGGAUAUUGUUCACAAGAUGAGGCGUUUUCUGGUAGAAAAAGCCGAGUUUGUUGACGUCGAAACUCCCACACUGUUUCGACGGACACCCGGUGGAGCGGCUGAGUUUAUAGUACCGGCUCCUCCACCGAAUCGUGGCCAAUGUUAUUCUCUACCUCAAAGUCCGCAGCAAUUUAAGCAGUUGCUCAUGGUCGGUGGUAUUGACCGAUACUUUCAGAUUGCACGAUGUUACCGUGACGAAGGAUCGAAGGGCGAUCGACAGCCGGAAUUCACUCAGGUCGACCUCGAAAUGUCGUUCACUAAUCAAGAAGGAGUUUUAUCGGUGGUGGAAGAUACGCUGUUAUCAGCAUGGCCUGAGGAGUUGGAGGAUCUCAAACCCACUGCACCUUUUCCUCGUCUGAACUUCAAAGAUGCAGUGCGACUGUAUGGAAGUGAUAAGCCUGACAUGAGAAUCCCAUGGCAAAUCGAGGAUUGCACAGAAAAACUCAGCUUCCUUCGCAAAUCUAGCUCCCCAAAAAAUUGGGUAGCACGCUUCAUUAUCUGCAAAGGUCAUUCAGAGCACAUGAAGAGAUUGGUGAAGAAGGAGUUUGAACGGAUAUUAGCCAUGAAUAAGUUGUCUAGGCCUUUCGCAAUUUUCGAUACAAGCCGAGAUGUAUGGUUUAAGACUCUCAAAGCUGUGGAUAUGAAGGAACUUUUUGGUGUUGAGGAUGAAGACUGUGUAGCAUUCAGUUGGGGCGAUGAGGAUGGCGUACAGUGGACCCUUGGUCAAUUACGAAAUAUGGUAGCGGAGGUUGGAGGAUUACGAAAGCAGCGAAAGAUAUGCGCUCACUGGAUCGUAAACUUUCCCUUGUUUUCUGUGGAAGAUGGUAAAGUUGUCAGUUCUCAUCAUCCAUUCACUGCUCCUAUCAACGAGCAUCGAAAAUGGCUCGACGAUCCCAAGAAAAUUCUCGAGAUCACCGGGCAACAUUAUGACCUAGUGCUAAAUGGUGUGGAGCUGGGUGGUGGCUCCAUACGUAUUCAUGAUCCAGAAGAACAAGCUCAUGUUUUGGAGAUUCUUGGAGAGGAUACUCAGGAAAUGAAGCACCUAUUAGAAGCCUUAUCGUACGGUGCACCUCCACAUGGCGGUUUUGCUUUGGGUCUUGAUCGUUACAUCGCCCUCAUGGCAUCUUAUGGUGAUCCAUCUCAUCCUGUGCGAGAGGUCAUUGCUUUCCCGAAGUCAAAGGAGGGGAGAGAUUUGAUGAGUAAAGCACCAGUCACUCCGAAUGAGGAACAGCUGAAACGAUACGGAGUGCGAAUUGAAGAGGAUGCUGAAGCUGUGGAAGCCUCUUCUACUUCAUAA